AUGGCUCAGAGGAUUCUCAAUUCUGCCUUGGCUGUUAUCGGCGUCUUUGCUGUGCGACAACUGUACUGUUUGUAUGCAUCUGCCAAACGACAACCCGGGCUGCCUCCUGGCCCUCCUACCUUACCAUUUAUCGGAAAUCUACAUAUCUUUCCUCGGGAACAACUCCAAUACAAGUUUACGGAAUGGGCCAAAGUCUACGGGGACAUCUUCAGUCUGAAGGCUAUGCACCUAACAGUCAUCGUUCUCAACUCGCCCACGGCAGUGAAGGAGGUCAUCGACAAGCGCGGCGCAACAUCGUGUGACCGGCCGGCCAGCGCCAUCUCGGAUCUAAUCACACCCGACAAUCUCAAUCUAGCUAGCGGCAGACACGCCAAUGACAUCUGGAGAGCCCUGCGCAGGGCGGCCAUGCACAUGUUGCGCCCCGAGAAUAUGGACACAUUCAAGCCGUUGCAGCGCGCAGAAGCUGCUCAGCUGAUGUGGGAAAUGAGUGUACGACCCGAGAAUUUUUGGGAAGAUAUCGCUCGAUUCACCACGUCAUUUUUCAUGGGUGUUAUUUACGGAGUGCGAGCGCCGAGAGCGUCUAGUUAUGCUGCCAAAGCUUUCACUGAAACACAGACCGAGUUCAUGUUGUGCAUGGAAGUCGGCAAGGCACCCCCGGUUGAUGUGUUUCCCAUCCUCAAGGCUGUCCCAAAGCCAUUUGCAAGGUGGAAACAACGUGCUCUCGAUCUUCGAAAACGGCAGGAAGCGCUCUUCCAGUACCUGCUGAACAAAGUCGAAACUCGGAUUCUCCGCGGAGACAGCAAUGGUGCUUUCAUGGAGGAAGCGUGCACUCAGGCCAGCGAAUGGGAGCUCACGCCGUCUUUGCUUCUGCAUCUUGGCGGUGUUCUGCUCCAGGGCUCCGAUACCUCAUCAGCCAUCAUGCAGGAUUUCAUUCUCUUCCUCAGCUCGCAUCUUCAAGUACAAAAGAAGGCCCAGGAAGAGAUGGAUGCUGUUGUCGGACUGGAGCAGCCACCGACAUGGGAUGAUCUGGAGAAAUUGCCCUAUUUGCAAGCUUUCCUGGACGAAUGCAUGCGCUUCCGUCCAAUUGGACCACUUGCACUGCCUCACGCCAUGGCCGAAGAUGACACGGUCAGUCAUAAUCUCGUCCUCCUUGGCGGCAAGUUGAAUUCUUGGCAGUUCAAUGGCAUGCUCUUCCCAAAAGACGCUAUUGUCUUCAUCAAUUUAUGGGCAAUCUUCCACGAUGAGCGCUUUUAUGAGGAGCCCUCCGCGUUCAGGCCCGAACGAUUCCUCAAUAAUCGGCUCGGGACAAAACCGGGGAUCGUCGAUGAUCCUGCUCGCCGCGACACGUUAGUUUUUGGGGGCGGUCGACGCAUUUGCCCUGGCUCUUACACUGGGAGAGCCGGUCUGGAAAUCAAUCUGGCCAACUUUAUCUGGGCGUUCGACUUCAGUCCUGGCCUCUCUCCGUCAGGCACGCCUAUCGAACACGAUCUCUGGGCGUAUACCAACGGUGUCAAUCUGGCCCCUUUGCCCUUCAAAGCCACCAUCCGAGUGCGCUCUCCCGAGAAAAUGGCGAUCAUCCGCCGUCACUUCGUCGAACAACGGUCUCUGUUGGUACCUUUUGAGCGCGACCUGGAUGCCGAAGACCAGGAUUACCACCGCCAUCACGCGGUUCUCCCCCCGCGGGGUACCUACUGGGUACCCUCAGACGUCUUGCUGAGGGUACCC